GUUUUCCCCUCUGUGUCAGACGGAGGCACGGCCUGGAUUUCCCAAGAGUCCUUCAGUGUAGAUGAAACUGACAGCGGGGUAGGGCUGAAGUGGAAGAAUGUGGCCAGGCAGCUGAAGGAAGAUCUAUCGAGCAUCAUCCUCCUGUCAGAGGAGGACCUCCAGGUGCUCGUUGAUGCCCCAGUUUCAGACCUGGCUCAGGAACUAGGCCAGAGCUGUGGCACUGUCCAGGGGCUCCAGAACGCCCUCCUGCAUGCGCUCGACCAGAGAGAGGAAGCCCGUCAGUCCAGGCAGCUCCUGGAGCUCUACCUCCAGGCUUUGGAGAAGGAGGGCAGCAUCUUGUCAAAGCAGCAAGAGUCCAACGCCGGCUUCGGGGACGAGGGGGACACAGUUGACAUGGGGAUGAGCAGAGAGCGCUCCUCCGAAACGGCCCUGUCGAGCCAGAUCCUUUCUGUGCUGCAGGAGAAGGCUGCCCCCGAGCUGAGUCUGUCGAGCCAGGAUUUGGAGGUGGGCGACAACCAGGGACCCUGCGACUCCCCUGGAGCUGUAGGGUAGGCCAGCAGAGGGCUGUGUGGGACCUCUUUCACCUCUGCAGAGCCUGACUCUUAGCUGCUGAUGUGCCUAUCAUAUGCCAGAACGUUUGCUAGCAUCUCGUUUAAUCUAAAUCCAAACGGCUUAAACACAAUGGAUACAUGCCCUCCCUCAGAUUAUCAAACAUUACUUUCUGAUCCAAAGUGGGUAAUUAAAUGACUAGGGAGGAAUGGUGGGGCUCAAGCUUCUGGCGUGGCUUCUGGUCGUCAGUGGCUGAAGAGGAUGGACUGACAGUCGGCUGAGGCACAGACAAUACCAGA